CCAUGGCGAAGCGCCGAUUAAAAACGCCAACUUGCGAGUAAGAAAUACAAAGAAGACGAAGAAGACGAAGAAGAAGAGUGGAAUGAAUUGGAACUAACGAGGAGACGAAUAAGAUCUGAGUGAGUUAAAAAGCUAUCAUGUCAAAGAAUACUGAAUCUUCUUCUUCACUUCCUACUCAAAGGUUGUUAGGUAAAGUGGCAUUGAUUACUGGAGGAGCCACUGGGAUAGGAGAGAGCAUUGCUCGUCUGUUCCACAAGCACGGCGCAAUAGUCUGCAUUGUUGAUUUGCAAGAUGAUCUCGGAGGUGAGGUAUGUAAAAGUCUGCUUAACGGUGACUCGGGGAAGGAGACAGCUUGUUUCAUCCAUGGUGAUGUUAGCAAAGAAGGCGACAUUAGCAAUGCGGUUGACUUUGCAGUCAAGCAAUUCGGAACGCUUGACAUACUUAUCAACAAUGCAGGCUUAUGCGGAGCACCAUGCUCUGAUAUCCGUACUAGUAGUUUGACUGAAUUUGAGAAGAUCUUUGAUGUGAACGUGAAAGGAGCUUUUCUCGGGAUGAAACAUGCAGCUCGUGUAAUGAUCCCUGAGAAGAAAGGGUCUAUAGUUUCCUUGUGUAGUGUAGGAGGUGUUGUGGGAGGUGUUGGUCCGCAUGCUUAUGUUGGUUCCAAGCACGCUGUUCUAGGCUUGACUAGGAGUGUUGCAGCCGAGCUUGGACAGCACGGGAUACGUGUGAACUGUGUUUCACCUUAUGCGGUUGCAACCGAACUUGCGAUGGCUCAUUUGCCAAAGGAAGAGAGAACGGAAGAUGCAUUUGUUGGUUUCAGGAACUUUGCGGCUUCAAACGCAAAUCUAAAAGGGGUCGAACUGACGGUUGAUGAUGUAGCAAAGGCUGUUCUGUUUUUGGCGAGCGAUGAAGCGCGGUACAUAAGCGGAGAUAAUCUGAUGAUUGAUGGAGGGUUCACUUGCACUAACCACUCUUUUAGAGUCUUCAGGUGAUUGAUACAUUUUGCUAAUGGAUAUUGUUGAAUGGUUUACUGUCAAUUUAUCAUGUCUCUUGGAUAUUUUAACUGUGGAGCUUAUUGUGGACUUCUGGUUUUCAUUGUUACCUUUAGAGAUUUGUAGAAACAUAUCUUUUUGAUGUGCUACAAUUUCUUUUUGAUAAUGCUGUUUACUAAACAA